UAAAAUGUGCAACCAAGCAAUCCUGUCGCUUUAAAUAAACGACAGAUACAAAAAAAUCCUUUCCAAAAAAACUUUAAAACGACAAUUCCAAUCAUCAUGCAGUCCAUCGAACAAACGUUAGCAAUAAUCAAACCCAGUGGCAUGCAAUAUCGCGAAGAAAUUCUGCAGAAACUAUUCAAAGCCCAUUUCAAAAUCAUCGAUACGAAAAUAUGCAAAUUGAGUGCGGGCCAGGUAUGCGAAUUAUUUAAAAUCGACUGGUCGAACGAUUGUUAUGCAAAAUUGGCCGAAGAGAUGACAUCGGGUCCAAUACAAGCCAUGUGCUUAGCGAAACCGAAUGCUAUCAAAUCGUUUCUAGCGUUGUUCGGUCUCGAAAAGGGUGGUGAACGGAAGAUAUGGCCAUGCAAUGUAAAAUCUUGUUUCGGUUCGAUUGAAAAUGACAUAUCGAACGGGUUGCACGGGAGUGAGAGUAGUGACUGCGCUCGAUGGGAAAUUCAAUUCUUUUUUCCUGAUAUUAUUGUUACACCAAUCCUGACGUCUGUGGACGAUCAAAGAAAUUAUUUACAUUCGUAUGUUUACCCAAAAUUAUUCGAUGGAUUGUACGAAAUUGCGAAGAAACGACCACACGAACCGAUCAUUGAACUUGCCCAUUGGCUGUCCAAUAAUAACAAUCCAAACAAACCGGCUAUUUUGAAGAGCGAUGACUGAAUUUGAGUGCUCGUAUGAGAAGCAAUUAAAAAUGAUUCUUAAACCUGUCGCUUUCCGUCUUAAAUUUCUACAUUUUCC